AUGUGUUUGAAUCUUUGUGUAAGAAAGAAAAAGCUUGCAAAGCACAUGUUGUGGUGCUUGCAUAUCAUGGACAAGGCAGCAGCUGGCUCAAUUACAUUUGAAUCAAUAUACGAUGAUUGCAGCGAAGGUGAGACGUCAGGAGCUGGAGGAUUUAAGGGCUUUCUUGACAGGUUUGAAGCUAGUGGUUCACUGAACUUAACUGAACUCAUUAGGAAACAAGAAAGCUCUGAUUACCCAGUGAAGUGCCUCGUCUAUGAUGCUAACAUACCAUGGGCUUCAAAUAUAUUCAAGCAGUUUGCAAUACCUGGGGCAGCAUUCUUUACGCAGUCAUGUGCUGCUAUUGCUAGUUACCGUACCAUGUACUGUGAGAGCCUCUGCCGGGGCCUGAUUUUCCACUGNAACAAGAAAGCUCUGAUUACCCAGUGA